AUGUCAGGGAAGUUUCCCAUACAACCCAUCGGCCGCUUCGCCGGCGCUAGCCAACCCGUCAAGCGACCAAAGGAGUUCGCAUGCUUUUCGUAUGAUGACAAUCACGAGUUCCACCUGAACGAUUCGUCCAUCAAGUACUACUACACACCCCAAUUAGGUGCUGACCUAAGUAAGGGCUAUGAGUCGUUUCAGAAGCUGGAUGAUUCAGAGGAUGGCCAUUUGGAUGCUCUACUCAAGACUAUCAUGGCCUACGAGUCGGAGCAGGGGGAGAAGAUUGACGCAGAGAUCAUAACGUGGAGAGGCAUGAUGACAAAGAUCUUGGGGGCCCCUUUUGAGAAUUUCGACGGGUACGCAGCUUUGACGCAUCUGUCCCACUCGCCCAUGGCUCAUGAUCAGCAGCUUCGAGAUGAACGCCACCCUAUAUCAAGGAUCUAUGUCGCAUCGAAGGAGGCUCAACACAAGCAACAGCAGUACAGAUCCAGAAGAGGAUACAAAUUCGAAACCCUAUCCACCCUGCCAUCUAUAUGGGCUGAAACGUCCCGCGACUACAUUGAAGCGCGAGAAGAUCACGUAGUCAACAACAAGGCGCAGUACUGCUCAGUCGUCCGCACAGGAAUUGGCAGCUCUAUCCUCUGUCUCGGCGGCGAAGUCGAUGCCAUCUGGGACUUCAAGCCCAUCGAGCACGGCAAGCCGAUCAACUGGGUUGAGCUCAAGACGGCCCUGGAAAUUCGCGGAGCCAAAGACAUGGAGAUCUUCCACCGCAAGCUCAUGAAGUUCUGGAUUCAGUCUUUUCUCCUGGGUGUGCCCAAGAUCGUGGUCGGUUUCCGGGAUCGUGAUGGAUUUCUCGUCAAAGUGGACGAGAUUGAGACGCAAAGGAUACCGCAAACUGUCAACGCCACACCGAACCCGAGUUGGAACGCGGAUCUGUGCGUGAACUUUGCGGGCACAUUCUUGGAGUGGCUGAAGCAGACCAUCAAUGAUGAGGGCGUUUGGCGGAUCAGAAGGCUGCCUCAAACGCCCGAAAUCGAAGUAUUCAAAGUAGAGGAGACCGGCCAUGGAGACAUAUUAUCGGAAGAGUUCAAAAAUUUUAGGAUCAAACUGGCUCUGCAGAGUCGAGAGAGCGCGGCGUAG